GUGACAACACUCCGUCCUACUGCGCCGACACAACCGACGAAACAAACAAAACCAACCAAUGCUGAAGAUUUCGCUUUGCCUACUCAAAUCAAUUCAGGUUAGAUAUAAAAAAUUAUAUAUAAUACUUAAAGGCCCUGUCACACCAUUGCGUAUCGUACUAGCGUAUGCCAGCGUAUGAAAAAUAUCACUCAUACGCCGGUAUACGCUGACGUUCGCUAGGGGUACGUUAGGCAUAGGACCAGGUUGCAUACAGGGCGCUUAUAUAGUGGUUGUAUACGUUUCAAGUACGGUGGCAUACGCUGGCAUACGGCGAGGCAGAAAAUUUUUUUAAGCAUGCUCAAAAAUUUUGUGCGUAUCGGACGUAUUCUUUAUACGAUAAUUAGAAUGUUAGGGUUUGUAAUCCAAGUGAUUAUAUACAUUUUAAGACCUGACCAGGAACGACUGCGAAAAAUGCAGCACAAGGUCCUCUGGUCGGAAUUGAACCUACGGCCCUGCGAUUCCGGUGCAGCGCUCUAACCAACUGAGCUACAGAGGCCAGCUGUUGAGCUGUAACCGUAAGUUCAUGUAUAUAUAUAUAGGUAAUCGGGUGUGCGGGUUGUGAUAAGGUGGACUUGAAUGAUGUGAUUUCUUGCACUUCACUUGGUGGAAUUAUUUUUAGAAUGUUAGGGUUUGUAAUCCAAGUGAUUAUAUACAUUUUAAGACCUGACCAGGAACGACUGCGAAAAAUGCAGCACAAGGUCCUCUGGUAGGAAUUGAACCUACGGCUCUGCGAUUCCGGUGCAGCGCUCUAACCAACUGAGCUACAGAGGCCAGCUGUUGAGCUGUAACCGUAAGUUCAUGUAUAUAUAUAUAUAUAGGUAAUCGGGUGUGCGGGUUGUGAUAAGGUGGACUUGAAUGAUGUGAUUUCUUGCACUUCACUUGGUGGAAUUAUUAUUAGAAUGUUAGGGUUUGUAAUCCAAGUGAUUAUAUAGGGUUUGUAAUCCAAGUGAUAAGCAUACUCUAGGCACACGCUGAAUACGCUAGAGGUACGCCAGAUGUACGGUACUCAUACGCUGCCAUUUCAAAGGAUUUUUGUGCGUAUGAAAAUUAUUUCAUUAAUUCUCAUACGCUUCUCAUACGUUUCUUUCAUACGCAAUAGUGUGACAGGGCCUUUAACGUAAGCACCUGUGUUGUGACUUAGUACUAUUUAUUAUAUAAAGUAUAGUAUUUUAUAGAGAUUUCGAGCACUGAUAAAACUGGUAAUCUCACAUGUGAGAUUAUUUAUGAUAAUUUCACAUGUGAAAAUUAUCGCUUUUCUGUAAAAAUUAUUGCUUUUCAAAGGACUGUCCUUUAUAUAAUAAACAGAAAAAUACAUGGGUGCUUGGAAAUACCAGAUUUAUUUCUCGUGUUGAACAUGAUAUCUCACUCGUUCGCUACCCUCACUCGUGAGAUAUCAUGUUCAACACUCGAAAUAAAUCUGGUAUUUCCGCGCACCCAUGUAUUAUUCUCUAUUUAAAGCACGCGUAGGAAUGUUUUAUCAGAUAUAAAACGCGAGGCGCAGCCGAGCGUUUUAUAUCUGAUAAAACACGACUACAAGUGCUUUAAAUGGCUUAAAAAACGACCCAUCUUCUGAUGAGUACAUUAGCGAAGUAAUUUUUAAAAUAAACUUUGUCUAAACUGAGAAAACCAAAGCUAAAGUUUAUGUAAAUUAACAUGAUUUUUUAUCACAUAUAAAGAUACGACACGCUUAUGAUUUUUCUUUGUGUUUUCCUCCUGAAUUAUUAAUGAGUUUUUUAAUACUUUAUACAUAUUGUUUUUAGAUCGUUUCUUGUUCACAAAAAACAUCGCGAAUUUUAUAUUUGAAGAUCCCUUUGGUACGUAUGAAAUUAAUAUAGGUAAUCAUGCGAUGGCGAGUGCAAUUAGGGAUUAAUAGUACGAGUGAUGUUUGGAAAUUUUGUUUGACAAAAUUUCCAAACAUCACGAGUACUAUUAAUCCCUAUUGUACGAGCAACAUUGCAUCAUUACUUGUUUAUUAUUAGCAUGACAAAAUUGGAUAAUUCUCAAUGUCAAGUGUCAACAUCAUAUUCUCUCGCCAAAGGCAAAGCCCAGUCCUGCCAGACUUUCAACCAAAAUCUGGUGCUUUUGUUCGUAUUUUCAUUUAGUUAUUUUGCUUUAAGUUCCUCUAGGGCAAUUUCAUUUGUGUUUAAAUACCUUUCCGCCAUUUUGUUUGUUUUGGGAAAAUCAUUAAGAGGCAAUUUUUUUCAAUAUCACGUAUUUGCAAUGAAAAGUGUUCAAAACCUAAAAUAUUUUUGGCGUUCCUCUCAAAAUUACUUUGUUUUAGCUUUAUUCUCUAGUUUAUAGAGUUAGCUACCUUUUUAAAUGCAUCUGCCGGUUGAGAAACAUAAAAUAAUAGUUAAAAAUUGUCAAUUAAAAUACAAAUAUCAAUGAUGCUUUAAAAUUGACGCCAUAUUUACAGCCAUAUUACAUAUAAGCAAAACUUACUGAACUUCAGACAUCAUUUUCUCUUUGGCGUAUCACUGAUCUAAAAUCUCUUCAUUUUGGCAUUAUUUUACAGAUAAAGCACUAAACAUACUUUUUAAGUUUGUUUGCCGAUUGAGAAACGUAUCGAAAAAUAAAAAUUUUGAAUGUAGUCAUAACCUCAAGCGAUAUACAGUAUUAUACGCAUUAGUUUUGAGCGCGUGUUACGUAACAUACAAAAAAAUAUCCUCUUAAUGCAGUACAAUUAAUGAAAUAAUUGUAUUCCUCUCAACCAAUCAGCAUCCAAUAAUUUUGUCAUGCUAAUAAUAAUACUUAAUAGUUUGAGUCAUGUUUUCCACCUAUGAACAUAUUUUUUUUUCUUCUACAGCUACAGAUAAAACACCAAUUCCAACUAAACAUUCAAACUCGACUUCAAGUCCUAAACAUGAAAAAAGUGUGUUUUAUGAAUUAUCUGUGUCUGCCUGGUACUUUUACGGUUUGGUUGCAAUCUUCAUUCUCACUGCAUUGUGCCACCCGACCGAGGCGAGUUGUGUGGUUCAUGGGGUCUGGUACCUACUGUGUCUGCCGUCUGGAUAUCUCUUCCUCAUUAUAUAUUCCGUAUGUAAUCUCACUGAUCGAUCAUGGGGUAAGCUAAAUUUUUCCAGCGAGCGCCAUGUACAUACGUAAAAAUCUCACAACUUGUCAACAAGUUGUAACAUGCAAUGUCGUUAUCUACAAGGUUGUCACUCACAACUUGUGACAAAUUAUUGAAUUGCAGGACGAUGACAAGUUGUUGGAACAAUUUGGAACAAGUCUGUUGAGUUCAACAACCUUAUAGCAAGCUUGUCAACAAGUUGUAACAAUGUUGUUAUUUCAUCAAGUUGCUACAAGGUUGUCGCUCACAACCUCUUGACAAAUUGUUGAAUUCCAAGUUGUUGGAACAGCUUGUACCAAGUCUGUUGAGCUCAACAACCUCGUAUAGCAACUUGUCAACAAGACGUUGACAACUUGCCAACAAGCUGGGAACAAGCAGUGCGAACACAUCCUGUUGACAAGUUGUUGGAACACGUAAAAUAUACAACGUACGCUCAUUUUUAGGCACGCGAGAGAACAAAGCGAAGACCGAUAAUGAAGAAUCUUUAACUAAAGUGAUGGCGGAUAAGUUGAAGUGGAUGUGUCGUGGCUGUAAAGAUCCUGUACAAGAACCUGCGGCAGAACCGGUUCGACCUGUUAAUGAAAUAAGCAGUACCAGCGAAUCAUCGACAGAGGUUAUAUAUUUUUUCUCUAAAGCGCCUGGGUACGAGGCUGUCUCCAUGACUACUACUACAUGAACUUCGGUAGCGCAUUCGUCAGAGCAAGCGCCUUCAGUCGUCAGAGCAAGCGGCUUUCACCCAUUGAACUAUAAAUAAACUGGAAGGCUAACUGCUAUGAUGAAGGCCUAUGAUUUGCUGAAGCCAAAAUAGUUUUUCUGAGUUAUGAGCAGAAAUACUUGACCCCAAACGUCGGGCUAUAUAUCAAAUUGAAGCUAUUGAAAAGUGCUAUUCGGUGUGGAAAUUUCAACACUUCAGCGAAAAGAAAAAUAUUUAAAAAAUACAAAAACAACUGCAAAAUGGCAAAUUAUCGGGAAUUAUUUUUGUAGUUUUUCAAUAUUUCCCUUUUAGCUAAAGUCUUGAAAUUUCUACACUAAAUAGCGUUUUUCAAUAGCUUCAAUUUAUAUAGCCCAACGUUCAGUGUUGAGUAUUUCUGCUCAUAACUCAGAAAAACUAAAAUGCACUGGCUUCAAUCCCCCCCCACCCACCCCCUGAGUUAGCCUUCCAGUUUAUUUAUAGUUCAAUGCUUUCACCUCUGAGUUCGCGGGUUCAAUUCUCGAUACGGACUCAUGUGAAAAGAGUCAGUCAACGCUCUGCCAAAUUAAGUCGUGGGUUUUCUCCGGGCGCUCUGGUUUCCUUCCACAGGAAAGUUGACAGGGUGGGUUAGGAUAAACACGGUUAGGACCGUAAUAUCACAAUUGCUGUAAAAUAUAAAUAGUCUAAACUUAGUAGGUAAUACAAGUAAGCGUAAUACUCGAUGUAAUCGGGCACUGAAAUGCCCCAAUGGGAGUGAGCUGAAUAAUGAUAAUCAAGUUUUCUUGUUUUGUGGAUCCUCGAUUGUCAAUGUUUCCGUCGAUUUCGCCUCGGGAACCAUUGGUAUUCUCGGGUCCACAAGAUAUAAUGCUUCCCUCGGUCCCCAUCAAUAACUGUUUAUGAUUUCAAUGUGUAAUCAAUGUGUCUUAGUCUGACAGUCCAUCACCAUCACGAGAAACUGAAGAAGCCCAAGGGGAGACAAGCGGAGAAAGUACUAAAAGCGAGUCUGAAGUAUCAAGCCAUGCUAGCGAAGGACGUUCAAGUUCAUUUGGUCCCCAGUCCCCUACUUCUCCACAUUUUCCCCCUCCUAGCAAACCAAUAAAGUCCGCGUUAAAGAAAACGUCGAGACCCUCCAGUCCAGCUCCAGCAGGUAUGUAUUUACUUUGAUUAUACGAAUACUGCUCGGUAACCAUUAGCUGACACUUUGUAUAUUCAAUGUAUGGACCUUAUCGGACUAACACGCCUUCUCCCAUCCCUCGUCUCUCCCUUCCCUCGCCUUCUCCCUUCCCUCACCUUCUUCCUUCCCUCGUCUCUCCCUUCCCUCACCUUCUCCCAUCCUUCGUCUCUCCCUUCCCUCGCCUUCUCCCUUCCCUCGUCUCUCCCCCGCCCUCUUUACUGCCUCACCUUCCCUCGCCUCCCAUCCCUCGCCUUCUCCCAUCCCUCUUGUUCUUCCUUCCCUCGUCUCUCUCCCGCCCUGUUCGUUCCCUCGCCUUCUCUCUUCCAUCGCCUUCUCCCUUCCCUAAUCUCCCCCCCCUGCCCUCUUUACUCCCUCGCCGUCUCUCUUAUAUUUUCCCUCGCCCUGUUCACUACCUUCCCUCCCCUUCCUCACUCCCUCGUAUUCUUCCCUACGCCCUCUCCCCUAGCGCAUGUCUAAUAUCUUAUCCAUAUAUUUACUAGCGUUCCGUUUCCCUGGGGAUGACGACAAAAGAAGCGUCCAUUUCCAGGCCAAACUGCCGACAUUUAAGUCGCACACGCCAGUUGGCGAGUGGCUAAAAGGAAAAAUGAAAGUACGUACAAAUUUUAUCAAUGAAAAAUUAUCAAUUACAUAAAAAAAACAACAAUCGAUUAGCUUAAACUAUUUAAUAUAACACUGAACAUUAGUAUUUGAAAUGUUCAUUUUUAGCAAAUGUUAAAUCCCAUUUUUUUUUGUUUUACUUCAUGAAGAAUUACACAGCCAAUUUUGAAGAACAUGGUUAUGAUGAUACUAGUUUUAUCUGUGGUAUGACUGACCAGGUUUGUGCAAAAAUUGCAUGUUAAAUAUUGUGAGACGUAGGCCAGAACGAUUUUAGGUUUUGCACGCUUUUCAUCGCAAAUAUGCGACAUAAAAAAGAACUGGAGCCCACAUGUGUACCACUUGUUUGUGUUGUAUAGGAUUUGAUUGAUAUCGGGAUUGACACACGGGGACAUCGCAAGGAACUGUUGCGUGAAAUUGAACAACUUCCUAUGGUUGAGUUAGAUAACAAUGUACCGGUAAGUAACUUAACAAAACUUGAAAAUCCUUGAAGGUCCCUGAAUUUGGAAACAAAAAUUCAAGACCUCCUUGAGUUUAUAAAGAAGUGCUUGAAAGUCCUAAAAUUAUUCUAGUUUUAGUGGAUAUCUUCUCAAAUUGUUUGGCAUUAAAGGGGAAGUCAAGUCCGUAAUGUAAACAAACGGUUUGUUUACAUUUUGAACUGCUGUAUUUUUUAAAAUAUGAUGUACUGUCUGAAUAUCUAACACCAUUUUGGUUCGCUAUGCUUCUAAAUGAAUAUGAAAUAGAGUUUAUGUUCAGAAAAAUUCGAAAUUUGGGCAAUGUUCACAUUAGAGGUCCUCACAUUGUUAUGAGCAGAACAGAUGCGCAGAACGGACUUGACUUCCCCUUUAAGAAUUGGACAUUUUGUAAAUUGAUUUUGUUCAUGUCUUACAAAUGCCAAAGCUGUUUGAAAUUCAUUAAAGUUGCCUUUUGAGCAGCGAACGUCAAUUUUUACUGAUUUCUAACGCCUUCUUUUCAGCCCUUUAGUCCUUGAAUUUUCUGAUAUAUAUAGCCUUGAAAGUCCUUGAAAAGUCCUUGAAUUUCUCCCUUCUUGGCAUGUUCGAACCCUAUAGCCUGUAACCAUAAAAUAACCAUUAAUUUUUCGAAAAUAACUAGGCUAUAAAGUAGACCAGGUUGAGGAAAAAUAAGUUUGUUUGAAAGCUUAGAGUACGUGGAGGAAGGAGAGCAGAAUUGAUAUUUCAAGUACUACACAAAGUAACUAGUGGUAAACCUCGUGGCACCUGCCAGAGCUCUGGUUUUACUGUAUUUUUUUGCCCGCAAACUGUAGGACAAUGUAGACAAGUGGCUAACAGAUUUGGGCCUUCACGAGUACUGGUUGAACUUUAAAACAAACAGCUAUGAUAACCCAAAGGCUUUGGAAGAUCUCAAAGUUAUGAGUCCAUCUGACUUGAAUAAACUUCUACAUGACGAGUUGGAGGUUUGGAAGAGAGGCCACGUUGAGAAAUUGACACACGCCAUUCUCAAGCUUCAAUACCCAAGUACAAGUAUGUAAAAUUCUCAUACUCAGAAAUAAUUCAUGAGGAAAGUUGUAGUGCAGGUCUGCUAAUAAUUAGCCUUUUCCUAAAAGAGAUCACAGUGCAUUCUGAGAUUGUUUGGAGGGACAAAAUAUAUGGAGACAGGCGUCAAAUAUGUGAAAGAGUAGAAGUAUCUACUAUCAAAUAUCAACAUUUCAGACGACCAAAAAUGAAAUAUCUCCUUUUUACAUUAAACUUUUAAUUUAAAUGUGUCCUGCCAUAUUUCUUGUCCCUCCAGACCCAGGAGUUUGGGAAAUGGCUAAUUGUUGUGCCUGAAAGAACAGGGGACGGUUGUAUAAAAAAGUGAUUAAAGUUAACUAUAGUUAAGUGGAAACGUCAACCAAUUUGAGAGUUAAUCACUAUUUAACUACAAAAUAGUGAUUAAAAAAGUGAUUAAGAGUUUUAUACAACCGGCCCCAGAUGUUUAACCAAAAAGCGGUCGGACAUUUAUCAGUUUUUCUCAGACAAUGGACAAAGGAAAAUGUUUCUUGUUAAACUGAGUAUAUAUCUACCAGUCCUAAAGCAUCAGUAAAUAAUGGUCCAGGUUAUUCAUAACUUCAAUUUCUUCCACGUUAUAUAUGAAGACGAUUUAGAAUUGUACAGAGGUAUUACUCACUUCAGGUAAUUAAUUUAGCGUAAGGGAUUUAUUCAGGCCGGCCUGAAGAGAGGCUAGCUGUCGCCGUUGAAAACAUAUUGAAAUUUAAUGUUCCAGGGGGUGAAUGCCUUUCUUUAGGGAAGUAAAAACUUCCUUACGGCACAGAAUAGAUACUAGACCAGAAGUGUCACUCAGACGAUAUUUCGUCCGAAAUUUUACGAGUGCUGACGUGAAAAUACGCCAUCAUAUGACGUCAUCCUGGAGUGCACACGGAAGUUUUUCAUGGGUACAAACAUAGGUACAAAGGGCCGUGUGCACUCCAGCAUCAAUGGCGUUAGUAGCACGUAAACAAUUUCGGACGUUUUUCCCAAGCCAAAACACAUAGGAGUGACACUUCUGGUCUAGUAUCUAGUCUGUGCUUACAGUUUUCCCGCAGAAGUGAGACCUCUUUAUGUACUUAUUCUGUGGCCCUGGCGACUAAAUAUAAAAAAAUAGUAUGCAACUUUAAAUCAAUGAUUCCAGAUAUAAACUAAAUUUUAAUCUAGGCAAGAACAACAAAAUCUAUCACCACGGCUAGAAUUAAAGAGCAUGUUAAAAUUAGUAACAUUGCAAAGUUUGGCCGCGAAAUGUUGUAAAAUGCGGAAAAUAUAGCCCUGCGAAAUUUGCAGAUUUUGUAUUAAUUUGUAUUACGCGCGGGAAAAUGCGCGUAAUACCGAAAGUGGUGCAAAUAUAUAGUUUCCUCAUAGGGUUGGGCGAUAUUAAAAAAAUCAUCUCACGAUUAUUGUCAAGGAAAUUAUCACGAUAUUCGAUAAUAUCGCGAUAAAUGCAAUAAAAACAAUGACCACAUUUUUCGAGUUUAAUUAAUAUCAAACAUAGUAAGCUUAUAUAUAAUCUUAUUAAAAACAAGUAAAAACAACAAGUUAAAGUAAUAUGAAGGCUUUUUCUAGUCUAAUAUUUACUGUUCAAAAACCAGAACUGUCUAUGCAGUGUCUACUGUGUCUCCGCUGGCACAAUGCUGUGGGCACACAGCCCAAGCAAAGCCUGCAAUUUCAUUGUUCAGUGGAUUAAUACAUAAAUAUUAGCUUUUGUGUCGUAUUAAAUUCGUAUUUAAUUCAGGAAAUAGUUUUAAUUCUUUUAAAAACUAUAUUUUCUAGGAAUUGAAAGAAUUUUUUAGGAUUUUAUGUACACAUGCGAAGCAAUAUCACGAUAGUCUUCGACCAUGACGAUAAUUUCGAUAUAUCGUCGCGCAAGUUUCUACCUUCGAUACGAUAAUCGCGAUUGAAAAUAUCGCGAUAAAUCAAAAUAUCGAAAUAUCGCCCAACCCUAUUUCCUCAUUUUACAACAUUGCAAUUUUACUAAUUUUAACAUGCUCUUUCCACUGUAGCUGUGGUGAUGAUUUUGCUCUUCUUGUCUAGAUCAAAAUUUAGUCUACAGCUGGAAUUAUCCAUUCUGUAUUCUCUCAUUUUCCCCAUCUUACAGUUGAACGCAAGAUUCGUGAGGCGAGACAGGAUUUGAGUAAAGUUCCAACAGGCCGUCUCAAAGACGACGGAGAUGGCACCGAGAACGACUUCUGGACGAAACUACGCGAACUACGACUCCUACCCGAAUCCAAGGCGUUCGGACAGUACUCGGAACUGGCCGACAAACUCUCCGAUCUUCGUAACUCUGUCGUGCUGUGUCUUAUGGUUUCUAACUUGGUAUGGAUCAUUUUAAUAUACACAUUGACUCAAAAAACCGAACUUGAUGUCAUCGACACUAAUCCUCUCGGUCUUGCAUUUUUGAUCGUUUUUGGCUUCAUCAUAGCAAUACAGUUUCUGACCAUGCUAUGGCAUCGCGUGGCCACCCUCCUGCAUUUCUUGGCGCGGGCGCCGUUCCGUGCGGGCGCGACUAGCCUGAAAGGUUGGGCAUUUAAUGAUGGCGACCUCGCCCCGCCUCCCAGCGAAGAGGAACUACGCAAGGUCCGGGAGAAGAGAUUGCGUCGCAGUCGAAAAUGGCGAAAUUCUAGGGAGAUACUUCAGAGUGGGGAGUUUGAUAAGAGUGGCGAGUACGAGAGGAGUGGAGAACACGCGCCUUUGAUAAACGGGAGCGCUGGAUCGAGUAAUCGUGCAACUGCCUCGAGAUCCAGUUAUAAUCCAACUAGUAGAAUGAGUCCACGUCCGGUUUGAAUUUUCAGUUUUUGCACCAAAUUCGUUUCCAGACUCAAGUAUUUAACCGAUUCGCCUCCCUAGGGGGCUGUUCAUGUCGUGUCUUUUUUUCCGGACCGUAAAAGCUGGUUUUACACUAGUACUAUUCAAGUUUCUGUGAUCACAGUAGGAAUUUUGCUUAGGUAAACUUUUCGAAGGAUUUGUAAGAAACAUUUGAGGAAACUGAUUGAGUAUUUACAAAUCCUUCAAAGGCAAGCUUAGAAUUUACCUAUGCAAAAUUGUAAGGGCAUUAAUAUGGAAUCAAUUAGAUAAAUCGAUCUCUUCGAAAUAAAAUUCCUCUUAAGAUUUAAUUAAGGAGAAAAUGAGUAAUUUUCAAUGACAUUUUAUAGUACUUCGUUUUAUCCUGGAGUCUAAGGUAGCUUUAUUCUUUGUAUUUUGAUUUCUAAUUUUAAACAGUUUUAGGUAUACCAGGGACCAAGGUCCUUCAUUGAAAUGUCAUAAGAACUUGAUAAGAACUUUAUUAAACGAAUCAUCCCGUUUAACCAGGCUAGCUUAGCCUAUGUGUGUAGACCCCAGUAGAUGGGGUCUACACGUAGGCUAGGUCAGCCCCACUCCGUAUGAACAGCCCUCAGCUGGAGAGGUAACGAAUCAUGUAGCUAGUGUCAUGAACACAAGACAAAAUCCAACGAGAUGAUUAAAUUAUUUCAUUUUUUGUAAAUCAGAACGUAGGCUUUUAAUUAAUUGGGGUUACAUAAGAAUUUUAAUUUCUUUUGUAAUAUUUGUAUAAAAUGUUUUAAUAAUAAAAAUGUAUGAAAAGCAUAUUUGUGACAUCAGAAAAACAAAAAAAAAACACAGAAACUCAGGCAUUUUAAGACUCCAAUACCCAACCAGUAGCCAGAGUAACCAGGUUCUAACGAGUCUGUGAAGCCAGAGUCACCCUGAUCUAUAACACUAUUUAUUUGAACUGAGUGCUCAAUUUCAAAAUGUGUCCAUGCUGUAAUACUGAAAUAAUUUAUAUGAGCAAGAACCAAGGCAUAUUUUAACAUACAUACUGGCGGGGGGGGAGGGGGGCAUUUAGCCCUGUGAGGCAGGGGUGGAAAAAUAGUCGAGCACUGCUGGUAGGACUGUUAAACUGCUGCAGGGAAUUCGUUUGAAUGGGGAUAUAUUUGCUAUUGAAAAUUUGAAAAGGAAACCUUAACAUCCAUGUCCCACAAUGGGUGCAACAACAUAUGGUUUCCUUGAAUUUAAAAUCAUGGUCAGCUAGAACACUAUAUGUUUAUAAUGCACAUGCAGAUUUAGCACAAAAAUACUCUGUUGGUCUGGGAACUUUUUUUUCUGCCCUGCCUACAAGCCCCACUAACUUGUGGUGCAGCUGGGCUCUAACCUUACCCCAAGUGACCUAAAUCUUACUCUGGGCAGCCACACUGGGCCUUAAUCUUGGUUUUGGCCCCCCACUGUAAAACGUUUAAAAUAUGCACUGCCACUGACCACUGAAAUAGAUUGAGCAUUCAGUCCAGGUUUACUAUAGGUCAGUGGUUGCAUACUGAUAAGCUGGCAACAACAUGUGUGAAUGAAAUGGGUCGUUCCAGAAAAGAUACACACUCCACCCAGAGGAAAUUUCUGGAGGGGGAGGGGAGAAAAAAUUGUUUCGAAAUGUAUUAGGACAUCCGAAGGGGGUAGGGGGUUAACUUCCAAUUUCCUCCGUGGGGGUGGUAUGGAUGUUUUGUGGAAUGACCCAAUAUCUAACAAAUAUUCACAUUUGGGCACAUGUGGAAAAGCAUAUUUGUGACAUCAGAAGAAAAAAACCCAAAAAACAGAAACCCAGGCAUUUAAAGACUCCAAUACCCAACCACUAGCCAGAGUAACCAAGUGAAGCCAGUUUAUGAGUUUACAACUUUGGUGAAUUUCAAGUUGACAAGUCUCUUGACUCACGAAGAAAUGUGCUUGUUAAAAGUUGGUAUGUGGUAAGCAUUUGAUCAGUAUUAAUGUUUAAGACUAUUGUCAUUAAAGAUGAUUUCCACUCUGUUCUGCGCAGAGUUUAUAUGCAUUUGCAAGCAUAGCGAACCAGAAAAGUGUUAGAUAUUCAGUUAGUAUAUUAUAUUUUACAAAUAUAGCAGUUCAAACGUAAACAAAGUAUGUGCAUGUGCACAGGAGUGGCAGAUGUGAGAUGUUCAUUGGAAAUACAAAGGCACUCUCUACUGAUUAUGACACAUAGCACAUCUGACUGUUGUUGGUAGAGCUUUAUAGUUAAUUAACCAUGAAUAUUUAACCAUGUUGUUCCAACCAUAUCAAGAGCUUGUUGACCUACCCAAAUUAUAUUAUUUAAUUAAUAAAAGUAUCAAAAAUAUAUAAAGUUGAGUAUUUAUUUACACACUGUAAAGGUAGAUUGUUUUUAACUUGCUAUGACUGCAAACGAUUCCUUCAUUGUUCAGGCUAAUGACAGGCUUAAACAUGACCACAAUCUUGAAAUUCAUGUCGAGUUGUGACAUCAUGACAAACGGGAACUUGAACACAGUGUGAACAACCAUUAUUGACCAUUAAUAUAUUAAACACGAUAUAAACCCAACUUUACAUAACAGCACACGACUUUUCCUCCGUAUUUUUACUAUCAUCUGCCUUUCCUUGCGAAGGCCGUCUUUCCCCGCUUUCCUUUUCGUUUGAUAGUCCAUAUUUCGCACGAAUUGCUUCCCUUUUCUUUUGUCUUUGCUCGUUCCUUUUCGCAUGUUGUUCAUCUCUCUUCGCUCGUUCUGCUCGAUCUUGUUCUUCCAAUUUACGCACUUCUUUCGAAGUCAGUUGCUGGUCAUCGUCUUUCUCUUCUUUUUCGUCUCCAAAGUUAAAACCUUUGCUUACAGAAUCGGUGACGGAGUUUAGUUUACUUGUGAAGACAGUUUUCGCUAUCGAAUCCAUGUUGUUUUGAUUGCAUAUUCUAAUAUGAACUUCAAGGAUAUUUUGAUGGGACUAUUUCCGGUUAGCCCACUCUGCAUCUCAAAAACGUCGAAGUUCUAUAAUAAUAUGAUAUUUACACAUAGAAAAGGCUUGUUGGGUUAGCUAACUCAGGAACCUCUGUCCAGGAACAAAACUUACAAUACAAAAUAAUAUAAAAAUAUCACAA